AUGCACUACAGAGACGCUUUCGCCGCUAUCGACUGGCUUUGCGAUGUCCUCGGUUUCACCCGACACCUCGUUGUCCCGGACGGCAAGGGUGGCGUUGCCCACGCGGAACUGACCCUCGGCAACGGCAUGAUCAUGCUUGGUUCACAUAGAGAUGAGGCCGGAGACUCCGUCGUCGCGCCCAUAGCAGCUGAAUACUGGACCCAGAGCACCUACAUAGUGGUCGGCGACAUCGAAGCCUCUUACGAGCGCGCGAAAUUCUGCGCAGGCAGACAUCGUUUCCGAACUCGAGAACAGCACUACGGCGGCAGCCUGUUUUUCAGUCCGCGACCCCAAAGGACAACUCUGGAAUAUCGGCUUCCUACGACCCCUGGGCAGAGCAGAGAGAGUGGCUGA